UGACGUCCGGCUCUCUCUGUGAGGCAAUAUUCCCCGAAAUAGAUUAUGGGAAAUGUAUAUAUAAAUAUGGUCGUUCUAUAUUUCUAUAGGCCUACAUAAACCUCUCAAAUUGCUGUUAGUCAGCAGAACAGCAAGUCAACGUUUCUAAGCAGCAGGUUACUGAUUUUAUUGCAGCUCGAUAAAGUUUCGAUUUAUCAAAAUAAGAGAGUAAUAGCAAUACGUUUUAUGAAUGUUCAUAAUUACAUUAAAAUUGACAACAUAAAUCGCUAAUAUUGCAUGUUCAUUGGAAAAGGAUACAAAAACUAUUUUUGCUAUGGCGAAUUCUUUUCGUGGUGAAGGAGUUGCUUUGAGUCGUAUUUUCAUGCAGUGUGAAAAGGAUCGUCCAAAGAUUGUGACUGAUUUUGGGUGUUCUCUCAAGAGUUCCGAUGGUGAACAUUCAUUGAUUGAGGUAGAUUGGUCUGGACUGGCUUGGAAGGCUGGAUUCAGAAACCGUGACGUUAUCGAGGCAGUGGAUGCAACUAGCUUCAAAAUGAAUGGUGCUGGACAUUGUUCUGUUCUGGAAUAUUUACGAGAGGCUGGACGAACCUGCAACAUGCUCGUUAGACGUGGUACAGCUGACGACGAAGGUGUACAGACCUAUUCAUGGAUAGGGUUCCGUUUGAAAACAAAAAGAGGGGAACCGGUUGUUCGCAAAAAGGUAAAGCGAAGCGUCGGAACCAACAUCGACGAUGCUGAGCGAGUUCACAAAAGAUUGCCAAACUGGGCUCUUCGAACCUCGGCACCCACUUUCAGGUUUCAGUAUGCCAACACUCAACAGAUCCGGCUGGUUUCUGGGCAGGGUACCAACAAUGAUCGCUUCCUUGGCUUCUUCGUAUGUCCAUCGGCUUCAGAACCAAAAUUCACCACAAAUGAUUUUGUCUUAAACAUGCAUACUUACAUAGAGGUUGGCGACUCAAUUUCGGGUACGGUAGCUGCUUUCUCCUCCGUACCCCAGCAAAACCGAAACAUGCGAAAUAGACAUACUGGUUGCUUUAAUGGAUCAGUCAGUGACGAUGACGAUGAUGAGCGUGAGAAUGGACAAGAAGCAUGCUUGUCUGGUGGUACGAGAGGGCCAAUGAUGUUGCCAGAUUUCCCAUCUUGGAUGACCAACAAUGAGCGAAUUAUCCUUGGAAACCACCGAAUGUUCUUAUGGACCCUGAAUAAUAACCAGACAGGCUUACUGUCGACUCUCAGCAACUCGGAUAGCGACAAGUUGUACGUGUCUAAUAAGGAUGACAGACCACAACUGGGAACAAGGAAAGAUGAGCUAUCAGUCGUGUUGGUGACGUCACCAUCAUCAUCCAUCUAUAUCCUAACCUCGAUAACUAAAUGAUCGUUGAUUAAAAACACUUCAUCUGCUGAAAAAUAAUUCCCAAAGCUUUCUUAUUACAUUUAAGUUGUAUGUUUCAAUUUCAGUCUUUAAAAUUAUAUUGUGGGUUUUAUACUAGGCGUACAUAGUCGGACUCGUUUGAUUAUAAAAGUAGACAGAUAUUUUUUGGUGCUUGACAAAUCUUUAUGGAUUCAUUUAUUUAUUAAGUCAUUUAUUCAUUUAUUCAUAACUAUUUAGGCCUAUGAAUUCGCAUCUGUCUAUGUCUAUCUAUCUAUCCGCCCACCCACCCAUCCAUCCAUGUAUCUAUCUAUUCAUCAAUCUAUCUACCUAGCUAUCUAUACUCUCCUUUUCUAUCAUCCUUUAUUUCUAUCUAAACUAUCUAUUGAUGUUUAUUGAAUGGUUUAUUGAUUGAUUCAUUAUUUAUUCAUUUAUUUAUUUAAUCAUUUAUUUAUUU